GUAUUUUCUCCACUGGCCAAAGCUGGGAUGUGAGUGCAACGUCACAUGUUGUUUUUCCUCUUUAGUUCAGUCAUUCUGAAAGAGGAGCUAUUUUGCUGUGAACUUUUCACGGAGAGAGCGCGGAGCUGCUUCUGCACGACUAAGUGAGCGCAACUCGCACUCAUUACUUGGAUUUUCUUGUCCAGCGCGGGGAAAUCCACUUCCACAAAGUCGGUCAGAAUAUUGUUUUUUCAAGUCCGAGGGAUGGCGAGCCCGCCGCAAACGGGAGGGUCGUCGUUACCAAAUGUCAACAUGAACUCGAGCCACGUUAAGAAAAGUGGAUACCUCAAGAAACAGAAGCACGGGCACCGGAGGUUUUUCGUGCUGAAGGAGCAGAGCGAUGGGUUGACAGCCCGGCUGGAGUACUACGAGAGCGAGAAGAAAUGGAGAAAUAAAGCAGCUGCCAAAAGAGUCAUUCCUCUCGACUCGUGUUUGAGCAUAAACAAGCGCGCCGACGCCAAACACAGACACCUGAUAGCUCUUUACACCAAGGACGAAUAUUUCGCCGUUGCUGCUGAAAACGAGCAGGAGCAGGAGAGCUGGUACAGAGUCCUAACCGAUGUGAUGAGUGAGGGGAAAGUGUACGACAGCGCCGUCUCCAAUUCUGCAUCCUCUCUGGUGGGCUUCGACGAGGGCAAUUACGGUAUGAUUACGCCGGUGAAUGCCGCCUACAAAGAGGUAUGGCAAGUGAAUGUGAAAUCUAAGGGACUUGGGCAGACCAGAAAUAUCACUGGAGUUUACAGGCUGUGUUUGUCAAGCCGGUCAAUUAGCUUUGUGAAACUUAACUCUGAGGUUGCCUCUGUCAGUCUGCAGCUAAUGAACAUCAGGCGAUGUGGCCAUUCUGAUAGCUUUUUCUUCAUUGAGGUGGGCAGGUCUGCCUCCACAGGACCCGGGGAGCUUUGGAUGCAGGCUGAUGACUCUGUGGUGGCGCAAAACAUACACGAGACGAUUUUGGAGGCUAUGAAAGCCAUGAAAGAGUUGUCAGAGUUCAGACCGCGCAGCAAAAGCCAGUCAUCAGGCUCAAACCCCAUAUCUGUACCCACCCGGCGGAACUUAAACAAUCUGCCCCCCAGUCAGACAGGGUUAGUAAGGAGGUCAAGGACAGACAGUGUGGCGGCCACAUCCCCUGUCACCAAGUUUACUUCCUGUCGGAUACGCACAGCCAGUGAGGGCGAAGGCACCAUGGCGCGUCCGGUAUCCAUGUCAAUAUCGGAGAAUGGAAGCCCCUGCAUUGCUGGCCGGACCCACAUGUGCAGGUCCAACACGGUUUCUGUCGGCUGCCGAACAUCUGAACCAUCACUCUUGCAUCACAGUAGAUCCAUGUCCAUGUCUAUGCCUGUGUCUCAUUCACCUCCGUCUGCUGUAAGCCCACUCAGUCUCUCUUCUACGAGCAUGAACGGCUCCGCAGUACACAAACCUUCCAGCUGCAGUGGCUCUGUCUCAGGGUCGCCUAGUGACACAGGCUUCCUGUCAUGUGAUGAUUAUGGAUCCAGCCCAGGAGAUGCGAGGUACAAUCCAUCAAACCGUAGCAAUACUCCCUCAUCCUUCUCUGGCACGCCCCCUUCCCGUGAAGGCAGUGAUCUCUGUGGUUAUAUGAUGAUGGACAAUCCAUCUAGCCACUCCUUGAAUAAGAACCAGGCUUCCAGCAGAGAAAGGCUGGACUUGGAGAAAUCAUAUAGGAAGAGGACAUACUCCCUCACAACACCACGACAACCCAGAGCACCCUCUCAGCAGUCAUCAGCUUCACUUGACGAAUACAUGUUGAUGAGGGCGGUGUACACAAAUGGCCAUUCUGGCCCUUCUGCCUCUCCAAAGGUUUCAUACCCAGAGGAUUAUGGAGACAUUGAAAUUGGCUCCAGCCGGAGCUCCAGCAGUAACCUAGGUGAUGAUGGCUACAUGCCCAUGACACCAGGUGUGGCACCACAAGGCAGCAAAAAUGACCACUACAUGCCCAUGAGCCCCAUGAGUGUCUCAGCUCCCAAACAGAUCGUCAACCCCAGGUCCCACCCUCAGGCCCUGGGCUGCCGGGGCACGACAAACUCCCCCAGUGGUAGUUCCAUGGAGGACAGUGGCUACAUGAAGAUGUGGUCUGGCUCCAAGUCCUCACUGGAGAGCUCAGAUGGCAGAGUGGCAAAUGGGGAGUAUAUGAAUAUGUCACCUGUUGAUCCAUAUGUCUCGCCCACGCCACCUGAUUAUUUCCUUGGUGGGUGUGAGCCAGCCCAGCGGCCUUCUCCUUCCUUAAGCUGCCGGUCUAACAAACAUCAAGGUCCUAAAAGAGAAGAGGACCAAUAUGUUUUAAUGAGCCCACAGAGCCAUAGGCCAACUGAGGAGUCCAACUACUACACCAUGUCUGCCGCAAAUGCUGGGCCUUCAUUGACCAGCCCCUCCACCCUUCCCGCAUUUAGGCACAGCCGCACUGACGCACUGACACAUAGAGCACGAGUCAACAGACCCAACAGAUUAUCUCUGGAUACUCUGAGGAUGCUCCCAAGCAUGAACGAGCAUCCCCUCCCUUGUGAACCCAAAAGCCCAGGGGAGUAUAUCAACAUAGACUUUGGUGACGCCACCCAGUACUCCUUGCCCUCGGAAUCGGUGGAGAGCCAGGGUUCACCUCCCAGCCUCAACAGCGUAAGACGGCGGUCCCCCCUCUCUGACUACAUGAACCUUGACCUCAACUCACACUCCCCUAAAUCAGGAGAAAUCCUCGCUAGUCCCUUACAUGAGAUGCCUGAGCUCACCAACUGCCCAUGCCCAUCUGAGGAGGGGGCAUACUUCCCUGAUGAGCAGAGAAGCUCUCCUUGUCCGCCUGGCACAGGUGAAGAUGAUUAUGCUGAGAUGAAGUUUGACGAUGCGCGCAUCUCCCCCUCCUUCAUCUCGGAGAAUAGAGAAAGUGAUGCAGCUAGCCCCGCAAGCAGGGUAAAGAGGCUCACUCUAGGUGACAAAGGCAUGCCAAGUAUUGGGGCGUUCCUGUUGCCCAGCACCUCAGUGGACCCUGACGGAGGGGCAAAGGUGAUCCGAGCCGACCCUCACGGUCGGAGGCGGCACAGCUCGGAGACCUUCUCAUCCACCACCACUGUUACGCCUGUGUUUCCCUCCUUCGCCCACAAUUCCAAGCGGCACAGUUCUGCCUCCGUUGAGAAUGUCUUGGUUCGGAGCAGCGAAGGUUCUGAUGAGGAAUACGGCAGCCCCAUGUGCAGAGAGACCUCGGCCGGGUACCAGAACGGUCUGAACUAUAUCGCCUUAAACCUCAUGGAGAACAGAGAGCUGGGGAACUGUGAAAAUAUGAUGGGCUUCAAGACUGUCAGUUGCUGCAAAGGAGGAAUUAAUGGAUUACAUACCAGCCCAUAUGUUUCCCUGGGAUUCAAGGAGACAGUGACCACUGUAAAAGAUUGAUCUUCUCCGAUGGAUCUUCUUCGAACUUCCUCAAACUGUAUCCUGGGACUGCAGGAAGGGGUAACGGAAACCCGUGACUAGAGACAGCCGCCGCUGCCGUGGCUGAACUAUGCUGCUGUAAAUGAACUUUAACCUACGACCCCUCACCCUUUGCCUGAGUUCCCGAGCGCUAAAGUCGUGAUCCAAUUCCAGGCUGGCCACUUUAAACAUGGACACCUCCGUAUACAGGGACUUCACGGCCCGCUCGGUCCUUCAGGAACUGCAAAUUGCUGCUUUGUAGGUGACGACAGUCACAAAGUUGUCUCAUGUUUGUUGUAUACUUUUUUGUUGUUGUUUAUAACACCUUUAUUAUAUUUGGUUGACUCUGGAGUAUUGAUUGGAGUACAGCCACCUUCCUCCUUCACCCCCAAAAAUCCAAGCCCAGAAUCUGUAAUAUUUACUUACUAUAGAGAGAAACCUCUACAAAGGUACAUAUUUAAUGUUUUAUUUAUUUAUACCUAGUACAAAUAGUUACGGUGAGAAUUUACGACAUUUAACAACAAUGACCCAAGAAACUGCUACCUCCUACCUCAGGAAAAUACAGUUUAUUACGAUGUACGAAAUUCACACGUAAUGCAGAUAUCUUUUCCUUUCUUUUGUUUUUUUUAAAUUUCAGUGUUCUUACAUGACCAAUCCAAAGCCUUACUAUCUCAACCGAUAUAGGAUUUACUUAAAACUGUACUUAUUUGGACCUAGAUAAUAAGAAAUAUAUAAAAUAUGAAACUCUCGUAUCUAGUUUAUAUUUUUUAUAGAAGCUUAAUUUAUUUCGACUAAUGAGUUCCUAUAUAAAAGAGGCCACUUAAGAUGAUAAUUUGAAAAAA